CGCGCCAUGAAGAGACGUGAGGAAGAGGAGGCGUUCCGGCCUCUGGUCGGGGCAUGGCUAGCGCCGGGCCCGGCUCGUCCAAGGACCAGCCGGCCGCAAAGCGCUCGGGCCUCAAAAGGACCGACUCGAGUUCCAGCGGCAAGAGCAUCCUUCGGACCCACAAGGGUGGCACGAAGUCGUCCCUUCAGUUGGCUCCGGACGCGGCUGUCAAGUGGAACGAGGAGAACGUCAAGAAGACGUUACACCCAAAAGACAAGGACUACGGUAUGAUGAAGGUGGCCGAACCCAAGACGCCCUACAGCUACGACAUGACCAAAGAACAAAGCACCGUCGACGCCCAGGUAUUGGCGCAAAGAAUUGAAAUGUGCCGCAACGAGACGCUGAAAGCGGCCCGCAUCAAGCGUGAGGACGAGGAGAAUAUGACGGAGGCUCAGAAAGAGCACGUGCACGAGUUCGAGAAGAAGCGCAAGAUGCACUACAACGAGUUCCAGGCCGCCAAGGAAGCGCGGGAGCGAAUGAAGAAGGAGGAGGAAGAGGAAGAGGAGGCCCAAAGGACAACAACAACAACAACAACAACCAAACCAAACCAGCCGGUGGCGAAGUCUGCGGAGCAAGCCAAAAAGAAGUGACUGGCCCCGAGCGAUCAGAGGUCGGCAUUUCCUGUGACGGAACGAAAAUUCUGCUUCCCCUGAUGAUCGUCGCCAUGCCCACCGUCCUGAGCCGAAAUUGCCGUCCAUGUUGCCUUCACACGUCGUUCCCUCCAGCCGUUUCCCAGGGUGCACCGCUCGACGGACCCUCCGACGUCACCUCCGACGUCACCUGAAUCGACAAAAGACGGCGUCGACCGCGGCGACGACCGAGUCAUGGUUGACAGACUAGACAGUUCGUGACCCUUCCGGUUUCCCGCUAAAUUCGUCUGUACUCUCGAGCCGCACGAUACACGCCUGCCCCAGAUGUCGUGGCGGUCGCGCCCCAGCCUGCAUCUUCUUCUUCGGGGACGAUGAACCCCCCGUGCAACACGUCAAACGUGCGCGGCGCUCUAGUUUGGAGGUUGUGAAUAGCCGUUCGCCAUGCGCUCCACCUUGCUCAACCACCGUGUCGUUCUUUUAACAGCAACACGCGAGGCGUCAACGUGCCGAUUGUCUAUAUAUAGGGACGCACUAUAUCAGAUUGUCUAUAUAGGGGACGCACCAUCAGGUUGUCUAUAUAUAGGGACGCACUAUCACAAACGCGAUCAAGAUUGUGCGCUACUGAAUGUAAUGAUCCUCAUCAUGAGUCUAACUAUUACGGGGCGAGAGUACUAUUCCUAUCCUUUUCUCCGUGCACCAAACCCCGUUACACCGCCUACUAAGUGGCACCACCCUUAUGUCGGCACCCGUUUUAAUAUUGCUCGAUUGUUAGUUAUAGUUAGCGUUGUUAGUUGCUGUCUGCAAUAGUUACCGACCAACUCGACUUCUGCUGUAUCUCAAGCGCAGCGUCAUAGUUCUUUUGCUUCACAAUCGGUGCUGCUGGCUGCCUCAACAUUGCGCGGAUACCAUUUACGGCAGUGAACAUUUCCAUUGUUCAAUGCUCAGCGCAGAGCUGUCGCAUUGUUCCAAGUCGCAAUGUAGAACCGUUUCAUAAACGGCACACAAGUUCGCUUUCGCGUGCUGCGCCUGCCAGAAAGUUUGUCGGACAGGUUUUGUCUCAACGCCCAGAACUCGUAAAUGCAGGCUUCGCGAAAUCUCGCGGCAGAAUCUGCUUAUGACGUGCUUCAGGACCCUUCGCAAAGUUUGUUGCGAACCUGCACCUGUCAGCAAACACAAGUAUACCAGCUAAGUUGAUGCCGUGGAGAAGCAACAUGUCUUCGCAUCGUGCUGGUUGGUCUUUCGUAUAGCAAGGGAGCAACCCGCUAUGUGCGGCCGGCCAAGGAAAGGGCUGCAGGAAGAGUCAAGAGUACGAAUCUAUGCACCUUGUAGGGCGAUUUUAUCUCCGCCUUCGUCCUAUACCCUGUUUCAUCUACCAGUCAAAUUUCGUUAUAAAGAAUGUAUGGAAUAACGAAAUAAUUAUUUUAACGAAGUAAGUAAAAUUACCCUUGAAA